GCCUUUUUGUCCGUCCAGGUUUCCGUUGUGGCGGUAGAUAAGCUGCAAACGGCUCAAGGCAGAAGAAAUAUUUGUAGUAACUUGUCAAUUAGCGUUCCGAUUCAUUUUUCAGGGUGUUGCCAUGGAGGAGGUGACCCGCCUGGUGUCGACAGGAGACUGUGUGAAGAUCUGGGAUGUGGUUUCCAUGGCGCCACUGGAGCAGUUUAACCCACACAGCAUUAGCCACCCUGUCGCCCAGGCCUGCUGGAGCUCCAACAACCAAUACCUGGUCAGUGCCAGCAGCAGUGGAGACAAACUGGUGGUUUCCAGCCUCAAGUCAACUCCUGUUCCAAUGGUGGAACUGGCCGAGGGGAAAAAACAGACCCGCGUGUGUCUGAACUCGACAUCUCAGUUUUUGGUCAGUGGAGGUCUAGAUCAUAGUGUCCACAUCUGGGACCUGAAGACCAAGAGGUUGCACCGCUCCCUCAAGGAUCACAGAGAAGAGGUGACCUGUGUGUCCUUCAAUGCCAAUGACAGCUGCAUCGCCUCUGGUUCCACCAGUGGAGACCUGGUUGUCUACAGUCUGACCACCAACCUGUCCAGUAAAGCCUUCGGUCAUGGCAGCAACCAGCCCAUCCACGACCUAAGGCUGUCCAUGCUGAAGCGCUCCCUGCUGGGCACUGUUUCUGACAGUGGCACUGUGGUCCUGUGGGAUUCCAACACCCAGAAGGAACUCCAUGUUUUCAAUAGUGCCCACAAGGCCCCAGGCUCCGGCCUCACCUUCUCCCCUGCCAGUGAGCUGCUGGUGGUCAGCGUCGGUUUGGACAAGAAGAUCGUCUGCUACGACACAGCCAGCAAGAUUGUCCUGAGAUCGAUCCAGGUGGACAGUCCUCUGACUGCAGUGGACUUUACACUGGAUGGUACUGGUCUGGUGGUCGGAUCCACUCAGGGGAAGAUCUACCAGUAUGACCUGAGGAAGACCAGUGCUCCCACCAGGAUCACUGUGGCCCAUAAAACCUCAGUCAGCUGCCUGCGCUUCCAAAGCGGCAGCAGCAGACACAAGUCCAGUAAACUGGGCUCCACUAAGACUGCCAGUACUAAAAGAUCCUCAGCCAAACAGUCCAGCAGCCAGCAAGACCCGACCCCCAGCACAGACCCGACCCCCCCCAGGCAGGUGACAGGUACAGGGAGCACCGGUGCAGAGGGGAUGUCCCGGGAGGCUGAAGGUCAGCAAGGAACAGAGCAGUAUUCUGCUGUGGAGAAGUUCAGCAGUGUUGGACGAAACAGUCUGGACAUCUUCUCUCCUGCUCGAGACGACUCGAGGACGCUGGCAGCGUCUGGAGACGCACAGUUUGGAAAAACAUACGUUGCCAGUUUGGAGAUGCUGUCCAGAGAGGGGGAGGGUCAGCAGGUCAUCGGCCGGAGCAGUCUAGACAUCUUCUCCCCAGUCAAAGAAGACACUCUUUCAAGUGCUAGCCCCCAUCGUAAGACCCCGCUGGUAGCCUCUGCAGGUCGGUGCUUAAGCCCGCUGUCCAUCUUCCAGACCCCACCACCAAUCGAAGAAGAAGAGGCACUUCCUGCUGCAGCUGCUGAGUCAUGUGACUCCAGGAAGUCUGACAAGGCCAGCGGUUCACACCUGGAGGGGGACGCACAGACCUCGCCUGCUUCGUCCCAGCAGACCAGUCACAGUCAGCCAGCUCUGCCCUUCUUCACCCCGGAGCCCAGCCUCAGGAGAGCCAAUGGUAUGCAGGCUCAGCUGAGCUAUGACACACCUGUCCAGAGAGCUCCACCCACCUCCACAGCAGCAGGUCCAGUUCUGUCGGCAGUGGUGUCCUCCUCUCUCUCCCAGAACAUCGCAGAGGUGGUUGGACAGGGAGGAGCUGCUCCCCUCACCUCCCUGCAGAUCCACUUCAUCCAGAACAUGAUCCAAGAAACUCUGGAUGACUUCAGGGACACCUGUCACAAAGACAUCGUCAACCUUCAGAUCGAGAUGAUUCGACAGUUUUACAUCCAGCUGGUUGAGAUCCACAGUCUGAUCGAGAAAUACUCUGUGAACGAGUCUCUGGUGGAGGAGAUCGAGAAGUUGAGAGAGGAGAACCGAAGACUGAAAGCCAACUUCUGACCCGUUGUCACACUGUGCCCUGAGUUGAGGGUAUGCCUUCUUCUGAAAGAUUAGGGGAAGGGUGUUGGAUUUGGUUUGGACUUUAUCUCAACUUAGGGCAGGAAUGUCUUGGAAAGCUACAGUGGACUAACAGUGAGCAGGAGUGUCUCCUUGUGGUCGGCUGAAGCUUCACAGCUGGUAGUGGAGCUCGUGUGUGUGUGUGUGUGUGUGUGUGUGUGUGUGUGUGUGUGUGUGUGUGUGUGUGUGUGUGUGUCGGUAGAGGAGACUGAUUAUUGAUGAAUCCUAACAUAGAAACUGUUAUAAAAUGUCCAGCAGAGUCUGCUGAAAAUAAGGAAAGAUGUUGUGAAGGUGAAAGGUGUUGUAAUUUAAAAAUAUCUAAAGCUCCACAGUCUGGACAGUAAACGUCCGUCUGAGCUUGGUGGUAACACACACAUGGACAAUGGUUCACAUUAUUAGUGGGUUCACGCUGGGAUCAUGUUUCUAUUGACGAGGAGCACUUUGUCACAAUUAAAGAGAUUAUUAAAAGUUAA